GUCUGGCGAUGUGACGUCAUAAAGCUGCGUCGCGCUCCUGCAUUUCUUGUGAUUCGGCUGAAGAAAGACCUGAUGGCACUGAAAGAGGAGAGCCAAGAACUGAAUGAAACAGAAGAGAAAGAUCAAAAUGAGAAACAUGAUUUCAAAACUGAAGAAAAAUCGAUUAGUUGCUCACAGACGUCCUCACCAGAAAAAGCUCAAAAAACACAAAACGCACACCUUAAUUCCCACAUGAGAACGCGCACUGGAGAGAGACCUUUCACCUGCCAACAGUGUGGAGAAAUUUUCAUUCGAAAAGAAAGCCUUGAAGUCCACAUGACAAUUCACAUGGAAAAGAAGCCAUUAAUAUGCCCUCAGUGUGGAAAAUGUUUUACACGGAAAAAUCACCUUAAUGCCCACAUAAGAAUUCACACUGGAGAGAAACCUUUCACCUGCGAACUGUGUGGAAAGUGUUUUACACAUAAAAAACAACUUAAUCCCCACAUGAAAAUUCACACGGGAGAGAAGCCUUUCCCCUGCAAACUGUGUGGGAAGAGCUACAGACAUAAUGUAAACCUUAAUAAUCACAUGAAGAUUCACUCGAGAGACAUUUUUAACUGUCAUCAGUGUGAAAGGAGUUUCACAGACGUGAAUCACCUCGAGAAUCAUGUAAUAACUCACACCAGAGGAGAGUCUUUCAUGUGCCAUCACUGUGGAAAGAGUUUCUCAAGAAAAGAUAUCCUCAAUAUUCACAUGAGAAUCCACACUGGAGAGAAACCUUUCACCUGCCAACAGUGUGGAAAGAGCUUCACUGUUAAAGUAAACCUUAUAACUCACACGAGGAUUCACACUGGAGAGAAGCCUUACAAGUGUCCUCAGUGUGAGAAGAGUUUCACAUAUAAAAGCAGCAUGAAACUUCAUUUGCAAACUCAUUCUCGGAAGAAACCACCAUUUUCCUGAGAGUGACGAGGUUUAGAAAAAGGAGUGAUUUCUACAAUCAUCUGUGCAUUCAUUCUGGAAGACAAUUCAAUUGUGAUACAAGUCGUAGCAAUAUGACAUUAAAGUUAAGAUAUUUUGAGAAUAAAGUCGUAGCAAAGCCAGUAUAUUGCAUGAAAAAUGUUAAUUAAUGUGAAACUACACUGCAAAAAAUGUGGCGUCCAUCCUUUCAUUUUUCACAUGUAUUAAAAACAGCAAUAAAACGUUCUAAAGGUUGAAGUGGGCUCCGGCUCAUGAACGUAAGCAAUGUUGUCUUUUCUGAGGUAAAUAACGUUAAGUGACUAUUCACAAGAUGUUUUAUUCACGGUAUAAUAAUUGAUUGGAAAUAAUUUCUCACCCACUAUCCCAUAGCACUAUCGA